AUGAAUGCCAUUUGCAUGCUUCAUUGGCAAACACCUGAUUCAUUUGUUAAAAAUUCAAUCUUCAAAAACAACACAGCAAAAAUUUCAAAAGGAGGUUAUGGUCUUAUUACAUCAUCAUCUUCACCAUCAAAUGUUACAGUUUCAGAAUGUAUUUUCAUAGGAAACAAAGCAGACCAUACUUUUAGUUGUGAAAGUAAUGGUAUUAUUACAGUUAUACACUGCAGAGGAGAUGAUUUGUCUGCAAGUAAAAUUUAUGGAGGUUCAUUUAAUACAGAUAAAAUCGAAACAGAUCCUUUUGAUCUUCCACUUUCACUUCUUUCAUUAGGUAAAUGCGAAGCAGAAAAUCCAAUUUCAAUCGAACUUAUUUUAAAUGAAAUUGAAAAGAAAAAUAGUCAUAUUUUUGAUGAAUUUUGUUCUUUAAAUUUAACUCUUGAAUGCUUUCUUAAUUUAAAAAGAUCAUAA